UUUGGGCUCGGUGUAGAUUUAAGUCAUGGGUGUUUGAAAGAGAAGAUAUGUCUACAGCCUCUUCAGAAAGCCUACAGCUUUUUGGAGGAGCUACUGAAAAUGAUGUGAGGCAGUUCAGUGUGUGAGAGCCAAGGAACUACUGUGAAGAUGUAGAAGAACUUGGACACAGGCUUUGACAUUAGGAUCUUAGUUCCCUGACCAGGGAUCAAAUCUGAGCCCCCUGCAGUGGAAGCACAGAGUCCUAACCACUCGACCACCAGAUCUCCUCAUAUUUUGGAUUCUGGCUAUGUUAUAAUGAAUGACACUUUGACAUCAGAUGUCAUUGGUCGGAGAGUUGAAGUUAAUGGAGAAUUUGCAACAGUGCGUUUUUCUGGCGUUAUCCCUCCCAUGGCAGGACUCUGGUUAGGAGUAGAGUGGGACAAUCCUGAGAGGGGAAAGCAUGAUGGAAGCCACGAAGGGACUGUGUAUUUUAAAUGCAGGCACCCGACAGGAGGAUCUUUCAUUCGUCCAAACAAGGUCAGUUUUGGAGUAGAUUUUCUCACUGCAAUUAAGAAUCGCUAUGUGUUAGAAGAUGAACCGGAGGAAGAGGAAAAAGAGCAGAUUGUUACAAUUGGAAAUAAACCUGUAGAAACCAUUGGUUUUGACUCCGUUGUGAAACAGCAAAGUCAGCUGAGCAAGUUGCAAGAAGUGUCUUUGAGGAACUGCGCAGUAAAUGGUGCUGGUGACAAAGGAGGAAUUGCCAAAGCUUGUCCUAAUAUUAGAAGCAUAGAUUUGUCAAAAAACCUGUUGUCAUCAUGGGAUGAAGUCACAGAUAUUGCUGAGCAGCUCAAGCGCCUGGAAGUCCUUAACCUCAGUGAAAAUAAACUAAAAUUUCCCUCCUCUUCACCAUCUCCAACUGGAACAUUUUCUGCACUGAAGGUUUUGGUCCUUAACCGGACAGGAAUAACAUGGGCGGAGGUGCUCCGCUGUGCCUUUGGGUGGCCUGUCCUUGAAAAACUGUACCUUGAGUCUAACAAUAUCGUCAUUUCAGAAAGGCCAACUGAUGUUCUACAGACCGUCAAAUUGUUAGACCUUUCCUCUAAUCAGUUAAUUGAUGAAAACCAGCUGCUUCUAAUAGCGUACCUGCCCAGAUUAGAACAACUAAUCCUUUCUGACAUUGGACUUUCUUCUAUACGAUUUCCGGACGCUGGAAUUGGGUGCAAAACAUCAAUGUUUCCUUCCUUGCAAUACCUUGUACUAAAUGACAAUCGGAUAUCACAGUGGUCCUCUAUCAAUGAGCUGGAUAAGUUGCAGAGUCUGCACUCGCUGUCCUGCACCAGAAACCCCCUGACGGAAGGCAGCAAAGACGCUCAGACCACACGGCAGUUCCUCAUCGCCAGGAUCGCUCAGCUGAGGACCCUGAACAAGUGUGAGAUUCAGCCAGAGGAAAGGCGUGGGGCUGAGCUGGACUACCGAAAAGCAUUUGGAAAUGACUGGAAAAAGGCUGGUGGCCAUCAGGAUCCAGACAAAAACAGACCAAACGAGGAGUUUCUUGCAGCCCAUCCUAGAUACCUAUCCCUCUGCCUGAAAUAUGGUGCACCUGAAGAUGGGGAACUCAGAACACAACAGCCAUUUUUGCUCAAAAACCAGCUACUAACACUGAAGAUAAAAUAUCCUAAUCAACUUGAUCAGAAAGUCACAGAGAAACAACUGCCAGAAUCCAUGACAGUUCAAAAGGUGAAAGGCUUGCUGUCACGUCUUCUCAAAGUUCCUGUGUCAGAACUUCUGUUGUCCUAUGAAAGUCCCAAAAUGCCGGGCAGAGAGAUUGAACUAGAAAAUGACCAACAGUCAUUACAGUUUUAUUCUGUGGAAAAUGGAGACUGUCUGUUAGUGCGAUGGUAACAGCCAACUAAUAAAUUCAGAGGUUAGACCAUUUAUCAUGACUGGGAUUCAUUUUAAAUGACUUAUUGGGACAAUUCUGUCCAAAAAAAUGAGGUUUCACAACUUGCCUUAAGUAUAAAACAGCUAUAUUUUUUUCAUAGGGAAGAGACCGUUUCUAGGCUUGUAUAUAUAACAGCAAUAAUCAAGGCUUUGCA